AUGUUCCGCCGCUCAGCCUCCAGCGCAGCAUGUUUCUGCCCCACCGCUCCGAACCACACGCGCCACUCCCUCACUCCAUCCAUCCCCUCCCCCAUCUACUCGCCAGCGCUGCUCGCUUGCUCAGCGCUUCCCCACCGCAAGCCACCUCCCCCGCUUCCGCCCCACCAAUUUGCUCCCGCGAGAGCGCGCCGAGGCGCGGCAACCGCCACCAUGGGCUUCAAAACUUCCACUCUCGCGGUGCUUUUCGCGCUGCUCCUCGCGACGUCGCUCGUGUCCGCGGAUGUGUCGUCGGAGCAGCUUAUCGACGAGGUGCGCGCGCUCACGAACGCGCUCAAGAGCCGCCCCAACUUCUCACUCAUCUACCUCGCCGCGAAAUACGUGCUCAAGAAGCAAGACUCUCUGCUCGCGAAAUACGGCGCGGACGUGCUCCCGAACGCGGAGAGGAAAACCCUCCUCAUCCCAGACAACGCCGCGGUACUCCGCUAUUUCAACGGCAAACUCCCCGACACCCAGGAGGAGGUGGAACAGCACCUCGACACGGUGCUUAUGAACGUGCUCGACGGGUCCUUCACGCUCGCGGACCUCCGAAGCGGCUCGUCCUUCCCGACUGUUUACCAGGACCGCGCGCUCGUGCAGAUCGAUGUGGGGAGGGGGUGGUUGAAGCGCGGAACGGGGGUGGCGCUCGGGCAGGCGGGGUCGGGCAGGAAAACUUGGUCGCGGGUGAGCGACCCGGGAAUGUUCAAGGGCGAUUUGUUCAUCGCGCACGGCGUGACGAACGUGCAGAAGCCGUAG